AUGUUUGGUUUGACACCCCGAACGAAGCCCUCGCCUCGGCACGCGAAGGGGCAGGCCGCAGGCAGCAAGGACGGCGGAGAGUUUCCGGCCGUGGGGAGGCGCGUUCGUACGCUUCCAAAGGGGCUCCUGGGUGUUGUACGUUGGGUGGGUCCCACCCACUUCUCGGCCGGAGUGUGGGUCGGCGUGGAGCUGGACACGUGCGACGGCAGGAACGACGGGGAGGUUCAGGGUACGCGGUACUUCACGUGCUCGGCGGGACACGGCGUGUUUGUCAGGCCCGACAAUGUAUCCCCCACCAAAGAGGGCGCCUCGACGGCUGCACCACCGACACCCGCUUCCUCCGCAGAUCGACGACGGCCGAACCCUGGAGGUCCAGAAUUAACACCGACCCAAUUGACCCGGAGAGGCUCGCACGCCUCGCUGGUGUCGGAAAACGUUGGCGGCUCCGGGGUUCCCUCGAACACUUGGGUGCCGGGAUCGGAGUGCAGCGCUCGCAAGGCGUUGGACAAGGGCAAACGCACCGGCAGCGGCGACGACCCGAUGAUCGGACAGAUACUUGCAUCCGAGACGUUUUCUCGCAUCCUAUCGGACACCGUAGCGGAGCGCGUCAAGACUGAGAUGGCGCGCAAGGAAUUCCAUAUGAAGGCUGACUCAGAAGCGAUGCUGAGUAGGAUGAGCCACGUGGAGCGCGUGGUAGAGGAUGCCGGCGGGGCAAUGGACGACAUUGCAUCGAUGGUUCAGACGAUAUCCGAGAGUGUCGAGGGCCGGCCUGCCGACCUGGACCUUAAGGGCGCCGCGGCUGGCGGAGUUGGCGGCGGCGAUGCUGGAGGCGGGGGGCGUGACGAUGCGCGCGUGGCGGAGCUGACGAAGCUCUUGUGCACGGUCCACGAUAUGUCUUCGCAGGCGGCGGAACUCCUUCGAGCCGAGAGGAAGCAGAAUCAGGACCAGGUGAAGCGCUUGACGGAAAGGGUCCAGGAGCUGGAGACGAGGAGCAGGGGCUCCGCGGCAUCGCCUAAGCCCAUGGAGGGCUAG